AUGUUGUACCCGCGGGAGGAGAAGCUGGAGAAGCUGAGCCAGGACGAGAUCGUGCUGGGCACCAAGGCCGUGGUGCAAGGCCUGGAGACGCUGCGCAGCGAGCACCACUCCCUCCUGGCCGCGCUGCUGGGCACCGUCAGCCGCCUGGAGCCGCCGCCGCCGCACGAGGCCAGCGCCGCCCAGGAGAAGGCCCUGCUGCUGAGGAAGUCCCUCGAGGCCAUCGAGCUGGGCCUCGGCGAGGCCCAGGUGAUCAUCGCCCUCUCCAGCCACCUGAGCGCCGUGGAGUCGGAGAAGCAGAAGCUGCGGGCGCAGGUCCGGCGCCUGGUGCAGGAGAACCAGUGGCUGCGGGACGAGCUGGCCGCCACCCAGCAGAAGCUGCAGAGGAGCGAGCAGUCGGUGGCCCAGCUGGAGGAGGAGAAGAAACAUCUGGAGUUCAUGAACCAGAUUAAAAAGUUUGACGAGGACGUCUCCCCGUCG